UGGAUGAAAGGGAGAGACCAAAAAAGGACUAAAAUAGCGCCGAACCUGCGGGUUAAUGUGCACCAAUGGCCACGAAGUCAUUCGUGGUCUCGGUGCAGAGCGGAAAAGUGCCACAGGUGAUAGAAGGGAGGAACACAAGGAUGAGAGCGUUUGAGCGUCCUAGAGUAAGUGUUACCAAUAAGUAACGAAAAUCUUUCCAAAGACCAACUCUGCCAUGUAAGGAUAGUGGCACAAACCUCUGCGAAUUGCAGAAAUUAUACGCUUUCACCACGUCACGUCUUGGCGGAUCAUGAAACAGCAUCGAAUGAGGCUGAGCAGAGGACACGUUAAGGAAGCUGAAGAAAGGCAUCUUCACCGAUGAAGCAACCAAGUUCCUCUGCGCCUCUCCCUUUACGCACAGGCGAGGUGAGGACGGGUAACAUUUCAUCAAUGUAGAGAAAACACCAAUGAGUCACUCGAGGUGUUGAAACAUCGGCAGAAGACAGGAGAAGCACAAAUACCAUUUUAAAGAAAAUCAAAAUCACUUUUUUUAAAAAAAGGGAAAAGAAAAGAAAAGCACACGAUGGAUGGAGAAGGAGGAUCAUCCGGGCUGGCUAAAUCAGCCGCCGUAAAACUGUCAGAGAUGGGCCAAAGAACCAAACAGCUGGGCACCGCGAUGAGGGAUCCCCACCAGCAAAGACGGAUCAUAUUAGUGAUUGUUUGCGUGGCUCUCUUGCUGGACAAUAUGCUCUACAUGGUAAUCGUGCCAAUUAUUCCAGACUAUCUUGCUGAUUUGGAGAGUGAGCAGUCAGAGCACGUCCACCUAGUGAUGCACCCCAACUCCUCAGCCAACAGCACAAGCCAAGACAAAAGCAACAAGGACAAUUUAGAUGUCCAGAUAGGAGUACUUUUUGCAUCUAAAGCCAUCCUACAGCUCUUAGUUAACCCACUGUCGGGAACUUUCAUAGACCGGGUCGGAUAUGAUAUCCCUCUUUUAAUUGGACUCACUGUCAUGUUCGUAUCCACCUGCAUAUUUGCUUUCGGGGAGAAUUAUAUCACCCUCUUUGUGGCCAGAAGUUUGCAGGGUCUGGGGUCUGCUUUUGCGGACACAUCUGGGAUCGCGAUGAUAGCCGACAAAUACACGGAGGAAGCAGAGAGGAGCAGGGCGCUUGGCAUUGCUCUGGCGUUCAUCUCUUUCGGGAGUCUGGUAGCACCUCCCUUCGGGGGCGUCCUGUACGAGUUUGUGGGCAAAAGAGUGCCAUUUAUUGUGCUCGCCUGCAUUUGUCUGGCGGACGGCUUUCUGCUACUGACCGUGAUCAAACCUUUCUCCAACAGGACUAGAGAGAACAUGCCAGUCGGCACCCCCAUGUACAGACUCAUGAUUGAUCCCUACAUAGCUGUGGUAGCUGGGGCGCUGACAGUGGCCAACAUCCCCCUUGCCUUUCUAGAGCCUACCAUAGCCAACUGGAUGGAGACCACCAUGCACUCCUCUCAGUGGGAAAUGGGACUCACAUGGCUCCCAGCCUUUUUCCCUCAUGUCCUCGGUGUGUACAUAACAGUCAAACUAGCAGCACAAAAUCCACAUUUGCAGUGGUUCUACGGAGCUUUAGGCAUGGUUAUCAUAGGUGCGAGCUCCUGCACAGUUCCUGCAUGCAAAACUUUUGGGCAGCUUAUCGCCCCGCUGUGCGGCAUUUGUUUUGGCAUCGCGCUGGUAGACACUGCCCUGUUGCCGACACUUGCGUUUUUAGUUGACGUGCGUCACGUUUCUGUUUACGGAAGCGUUUAUGCUAUUGCAGAUAUUUCUUAUUCUGUCGCAUACGCUAUGGGACCUGUGGUAGCCGGGCAAAUAGUGCACACUCUUGGUUUUGUGCAACUUAAUCUGGGGAUGGGUCUAGUCAAUGUGCUUUACGCACCAGCCCUGCUGUUGCUGCGCAAAGUGUGCCAAAUGAAACCGUCUCACUCAGAGAGAGAUAACCUGUUAGACGAAGCUCCACAGGGGCUGUACGACACUAUCAAAAUGGAAGAGAGGAUAGCUAAAAGGAAGGGCUAUAAUUCGGGAGGUAAUUGUCUGUCAGUAGAUGAAAAUGGGUUCGACCCUUUUAAAGCACAGCGGUCCGUGUCAGAGGAAUCGUCCGGUCCGGAGUACACUUAGACCGUUUACACUCUGACCGCCAUCUAAAACAUUCCCCCUGUGGAUUUUUCUAGUCUGUGAACUAGGUAGGCAGACUCUAAUCUGGUAAUAUAAACUUUUAUGUAGGUACCGAUGUGCAAUAUAAACACCCAGUCACCAAAAUCAUGAUUGUGUGACCCGUUUUCCAAAGUUGAUUUUUCUUUUAUAUUCACUGUGAUUUCAUUGUGUCGAACAAAUCUAUGUGGCGUUUGUUAUGGACGUUUAACCGGAGUUUUGUGAGAGAUUUAUCAGCAUUUGUUGAAUUUGUGUGUAUUAUUAAGUAUUAUAUUAAAAGAUAUAACUAGUUAAAUGUGCGUACAAAAUUUUGUGGGACCAACUAUAACGCAGCACAUUUUCCUUCCUUACACAAAAUAGCCUAUAUUUUUUAGUCUCAGAGAAAACAUUUUUUUACGUGCACAUCAAAGGCCUGUUUCAUUCAUUCUUUUCUGGCUUGUCAAAAUUUUAGUCAUAUUGAAUUCAUUUCAUUUUGUAGGCCUGGUUGGUAUCAUUUUCGUUGUUAGAAAAUAAUUGUAUCAUGAUAAAUGUAUUUGUACAUAUGUGGA